AUGGACCAGUCGGAUCGAUUCGUCUUCAUCAAUGGCCCCAGCCUGGGGUCCGCGGGCACCAUCAACGACCGUCGCUGGAUCCGGUCCCAACUGAUGCGGCGCAUUUAUCAAGAGAGAUUGCCGCCAGAGGAGCGAUCUCAAGAGCAGCUGAAUCCACAUGUGGACCAAUCGAUCGACAAAUUUGCAGCCAGCAUGCGGGGGCAUCACCACCAGCUAGCGUUGUCUCACAGGUCGAAAGCAACCAUGCGAUCAGGACAAGCACAACUGCUGAAUUCGACCAAGUCCGGCCUAGCGAGCAGCAGCAAUGCUGAUCGGUCUUGCUGUGCCUUUUGCAGCGCGCUCAUCAGCGCAGGGCAUGAGACGGGCACGAGCACCGUCUGUAACCACUGCGGAAAACCAGCGGAAAUGGCCGUCAACGCUCGCCACAACAGUGUCAUCCAAAAGACCAAGCGCAAUAUCAACCGCAUCGUGCAACUGCACUUGACUCGUCUCGCAGACGCAGAGAUAGAUUCGUUUGGAGGACCCGCGAAUGGACGCGGCCAUCCGGGGUAUUACAAGCUGCUGGAUCAUUUCUUCACAACCCUCGUCCCUUCUCUCCGCCGCACUCACGCCUGGAUCGAGGGCUGCUUCGAGGCCUACCUCAAGGGGACAUGGUCCCCCCUAUUAUUCCACUCAACCUGCAUGGCCCCAUCGGUCCAUCUCGAACGCACGGCCCAGAACAACGGAGCCAUCAACUACCCCAGCCGGGCAACCGAACAGCUCUACCACAAGGGCGCUGCGCUGCGAGCGCUGCGGUCGGCCAUUACGGGGCCGAUCAUCGGCACACGCACCCUCGACGAGAUCUGUGACUAUAACCCGUUCAAUCCGCCUCUGCAAGACCUGCAGGGUCUGGAUUCCUACGGGUUCAGCUCCUUCCACGGCGUGCAUUGGAAUGCGAUCACGCAGUUGGUCAUGCGGAAUGGGGGGUUGAAUACGGUGAAACUGUACGGGGCGCCGUGGUUUCUAUCCUAUACCUCUUUGAAAUACACCAUGUUCACCGCAUCCACACCCGAAUUCCCCAUCAUCGACCCCACAGGCAACAUGUACGGAAGCGACUCGCCGUUUCAAAUCCUGCAAAUCUCAGUCCGGCCGUGGCACAAGACCCUAUGCAGCGGCGGAUUCCGACAACUGCAGACGCUACGAAUUAAGAAAUCGGUCGUCAGCACUCUGCUCGAUCUGAGCGAGUUCGCGCAGGCGGUGCAGUUGCACCUGCACCUGCCGAGACAGGACGAUGCCAUGGCCAUCGACCGACUGGGUGAUGUCCGGAACCUGGUGCAGCAUCGGCUGCUUUGCUUGCCUAAACCGUCUGAUCAGGUGUUUUUGGAGGGGAUAUUCGAGAACAAGAACAACGACGGGCAUGAACGAGUCGAGGAAGAUAAACAACAGACAGCCAUGGCAACGACAAUGGAACUCUACCGCGCAUGCUGGCUAGCAGCGUUCCUGUUCAGUACACACGUCACAUUCCCGAUCUCAGCCACGCGGCCGACGAGGGAGAAUCUGGUGCCGCAGUUGCAAGACGCGAUCCGCCGGAGCAGUGAUUCUUUGGCUGAUGAGAAUGAGGAUGAGGAGAAAGCUAAGAGUGAGAUUGUGCUCUGGUGUACGAUGAUCGGGGGCAUUGCGGCGCAGGAUGGAGAGUUGGAGCGACGGUGCUGGUAUGCGGGACAAUUACGGAAGUUGUGUCACAUACUGAAUAUUCAAUCUUGGGCAGAGAUGCAGAAGCUGAUGCGGUCUUUUGCGUGGGUGGAUGUCGCGUGCGAUGAGGGGGAUUAUGGGUUGUGGAUGGAGGCAUAUCCCUUUUCUCGUCCUUGUCGAUAA